AACAAGUCCAGAAAAAAAGAGGAAGAAUGGAAAGUCGCUUAAUCUGCCGCAAAUCACUCAAAUAAAACAAGAUACAUUUCCCAUGUCAAUCCCUCUUUCUUUGAUAUUCUCGUAAUUAUUCUUUAGUUACAAGUCCCUGAUCCCAGAUAAUCACGCACUGCUUUCAUUUCCACGUUCCGUACAUAAAAGCAUUCGUCUUUCAGAAUCUCAUUUCACCUGAAAAACAAAUCCUUCAAGUUUCAUUUUGUUGUUUCCUUCUUGGAAAUCAAUCAGUUUCGGUGCUUUUCAGUGCUCCUGGAUCUUGGGUUGCUCGAGUGUCGAUCAAGGGUUGCUGGAGGAGGCUGAGCUCGAUCACCAAUAACCGCUAUGACCAGCUUCGGGUAUUGGCUUUUGUCUUAAUUUGGAAAGAAAAUUCAAACUUGGAUAGUUCCUUUAGCCAUUUCUACGCAUGAUUUUGGGUUACCUUGGUAGCUAAUCUAGUUUAGGUAGUUUUUUUCCACACGACUUACUUGAUUUGGAAAGCCAUGACUUGGGCUUCGCCCAAAGCUUCCAUUUCAAUGACUCACUAUCCGAAAGCUCUUUCAUGGAUUGUAGUUUCGGUGGUGGGAUUGGCUUUGUUCCUACUUUUUGCUUCCUGGGUUUUAGUGACUUACCCAAUUGGUUCCACGGUUAGCUGGUAUUUCUAUGGUGUUGAUAGUUUGCAGAAAUUGGAUUAUUUGAGCUCUGUAGGCAGUCAAACUUCCCGCGAUUCUCCCCUUCCUAACAAUGUAGAUAAUUUCAAUAAGAAUGUGAAAUCUGAGUCUAAUAUAGAAGUUCCCGAGAGUUCAGAUGGGGCACAUACAAAAGUGGUUGAUAAGGAUUUCCCCUCUGAUUCCAAUUCACAAGUUCCCAUGAAUUCCGAUGGUUCAGUGGUUGUUUCAGAAACUAAAGAUAUCAAAGAUCUAGCAGCUCUGCAGGCAAAUUUACCUGGUCCAUCAGUUAUCGAAAAUGUUGCAUCAGUAGAAUCAGCUGGUCCAUCAGUGCCUGCUGGUUCAACCGGCUCUUCGAUUGAUGACAAUAUGAAACUAACUGCUAAGAAUUUGUCAUAUGAGUCCAAUCCCCAGCUGUCCUUGAGUUCGGUUGGUCCAUCAAUAGUUUCAGAAACCAAGGAGACAACGGAUAUAGCAGAACCUGCUCUUGGACCGUCUAAUAGCUCAAUGCAAGAAGAUGGGGCUAAGGUUGUUUCUGGUUCGUCCAAUGUUACAGAAAUUGAUGAAACUGGAAAGCCUGUUUCUGUAGGUCUUUUCAACAACUCAAACUUCUUACAGAUCGAGCCAAAUGAUUCUGUUUCAGAUCCUUCUGAUUCCAAAUCUGGAAGCAUGCCAGCUUCUUAUUCUCUGCCCAGCAAUGCAAGCACUGGUGGUUCGGUUGAUUCAGGCUGUGAUCUAUACAGUGGAAGUUGGAUUUAUGAUUCAUCAGGACCAUUGUAUACGAACAAUACAUGCCCUGUCCUGACACAGAUGCAAAAUUGCCAGGGAAAUGGGAGACCUGACAAGGAGUAUGAGAAUUGGCGAUGGAAGCCCCUUCAGUGUGACCUGCCACGUUUUGAUGCCAGGAAAUUUCUACAGUUGAUGAGGGGGAAGACAAUAGCUUUCAUUGGUGAUUCAGUUGCUCGAAACCAUAUGGAAUCAUUGUUGUGCAUUCUCUGGCAGGUAGAAGUUCCAAAAAAUAGGGGCAACAAGAGAAUGCAACGAUUUUUCUUCAAGUCAACAUCUACGUUUGUAGUCCGGAUUUGGUCCUCAUGGCUUGUCAAGCAAACAUCUGAGCCAUUUGAUUUUGCUCCAGAGGGUGUGGCGAAGCUCCUCCUUGAUGCCCCUGAUGAACGCUUCAUGGAUCUCAUCCCACAGUUUGAUGUGAUUAUUUUCUCUUCUGGCCAUUGGUUUGCCAAGCAGUCUGUCUAUAUCUUAAACAAUGAGAUUGUGGGAGGGCAGUUGUGGUGGCCAGACAAAUCCAGGCCUAUGAAGAUCAACAAUAUUGAUGCAUUUGGAAUAUCCGUUGAGACAAUUCUCAGGGCUGUUGCAACACAUCCAAACUAUACAGGGAUUGCCAUUGUUCGUUCCUAUUCACCUGACCAUUAUGAGGGUGGGGCUUGGAAUACAGGCGGAUCAUGCACUGGGAAGGUAAGGCCUCUUGCAAUUGGUGAAGUAGUGGAAAAUGGCUUCACAAAUAUAAUGCACCAAAAACAGAUUAUGGGUUUUAACCGCGCAAUUGAGAAAGGAGUGACAAACAAAUCGAAGUUGAAAUUGAUGGAUAUCACUAAACCUUUUGAGUACCGCCAUGACGGGCAUCCAGGCCCUUACAGAAGCCCUGACCCGAAUAAGAAAACACAACGUGGCCCUGAUGGAAGGCCCCCACCGCAGGAUUGCUUACACUGGUGCAUGCCAGGUCCGGUUGAUACAUGGAACGAAUUUGUGCUUGAAAUCAUAAGGAGAGAGUAUGAGGGCAGCAACAGCUCUUCCACAUGAGAUAUAUAAUGUGCCUUGUGUUCUCAAAGUGGAAAGGUAACUAGUCUGUGAUAUUUAUCUUAUGUCCAGAUUGGGGCCAAGCUUACAUAAUAACAUUUUUUUAUUCUUUUAAAUAGCUUGUAGAUGUUAUCUAUUGUAACAGAUGGGAGGAUUAGCGGCUAAGUGUGUACUUUAAGAUAAUUUUAGUAUAGUUAUCAAAACGGUUAUGUACUCUAGAAAAUCCUUAUUUGUGUUGUAAAAUACAACUGUUGUGUGAAACAUAAGAUGGUUUUGGCAACU